AUGGACGCCAACGCGAGCGAUGGCACCGGUAAUCCAUCGAAUCAUCGAAACGUGACGUCUUCGAUGCCUAAGAUUAAGCUCAGAGUGAACGUGCCCGAUCGCGACGACGCCUUGGACGAAGAAGGUUUCAAUCGUCAGGUAGGACGAAGAGCUGAACGGGGAGCGUUGGACGAACAUCGAGGUCCGGUGCGUUCGAGAUCGACGGUGCGAGACCCGGAGUCGAGAUCGAUGAGCGAACUCGGGGCGAGCAUGUCUUUGGGGGAGGAGUGCGACGGAGAAGAGGUUGGAACGGGCGCACACGGCGGGUCGUUCGCGUCGCCGACGAUGACAAAGAGACGAGGCGAGCGCGCAUGCGGGGCGAGGAGUGGACCGACGAGCUCGACGACGAGCGGCGGCGACGGAACACCGAUGAGCAUCGAGCGAACGGCAUCACCGGCGUCGAAGAGGGCGAGGAUCGGUGACGAUUGGGUGGAAGACGAGGUGCACCCAUCUAAGGUUUGGGGCACUCCGGGGAGCGGUGGACGGAUGAUGUCCGAAGUCAUGGCGUCGUCGAUGUGGAGGUCUCUGAGCGUGGACGAGCAUCAGUCGUCGUACGCGAUCGGUGAUUCGACGUGGGCGUCGACAUCGAUGUCCACAUCACCCUCGAUGAACGGAUCGGAACGAUCUCUGCUCAAACGAACGCUCAGUGGGACGUAUUCCAAUCACCCGGCGGUCGGGAUGGACGCAUCGAUGCUUCCUCCUGGUGGACUUCCCGGAGGAGUGGUAUCGGGCGGUAGUGGCGGCGGCAGCGGUGGUGGCGGCGCCUGUAUUGCCAAAUCACCGACUGGGGAGAGCGCCAUGACGUUUAACUACGGGAAAGCGAACGGCGUGAAUGGCGGCGGCGCGGCGGAGCUGUUCCAUGGAAGCUUACCGCCGUCGUCACCAUCCGAUCCAUCACCGCUUCACGACCUACGUAAGGCGGCGCUAAUGCGCUCGAGAUUGUUAAAGGCAUCGUCGUCGGCAUCUUUACCUCCGAGAAGUCCGAUCGCGACGGCGACCGAUCCACAUGUACCAGUGCGGGUGGAGAACGGACUCGACAAGAACUGUGGCUCGAUGUAA